AUGAACACACAAACAUUUUCUCUCUCUCUCUUUCUCUCUCUGCAUUUCAGAGAGAAGGGAAUGGAGAGAGAAGAGAAACCCAAAAAGAAAAGUUUCUCACUUCCAUCAUCGAACAAGCAUGGCUUUGUUGCAGCCCUCAAAAGGUGGACACAGUCCAAAUUCCAAAGGAAAACCCUCUUUUUCUCUCUAAUGAUAUGCUUCAAUGGGGCUGAUGAGCAUUUGAAUGGAAUAAAAAAUGACAAGAACUCUAAUCAUGCCCUCUCUCUAUUUAUCUGCAAGCCUGAAGUUGAGUUGAAGAGUCCAGACAAAGAAGAGCACGUUCACUGUUCUCUCUGUUCAUCCCACAUAAAAUACUGCAACGAAACCAAGAGAUUGACCACCAAAAACGCACACACAUACACACAACUGGCCAAGAGAGUAUAG